AAAAAAAAAAAAAAGAACGUAACGACACCUGAUGAGGGUUCCAUAUCAGUAAAUUGUUGUUUUCUUAUUCACUCUGACUCUGCCACUCAAUAUCUUUACUAAUUAAAGUUUUCCCAAAAUCCCAUUUCCCAACACAACAAAAGCCCAACAACACCACAAUCCGUUAAAUCUGAAAAACCCCCACCAUUUUUUGUCAUCGUCUUCUUCCAAAGCCACCACCCUUUUCUCUCUCCAAACCUUCAAAUUCAUCCAAAAAUGGCGGCAGCACUACGAGCCACAUCCUCCGCCAUAUCACGAGCAGUCACCGCCAGAACUCCGCCAUUGAUGGGCGGAGCUCGGUGGUCGUCAUCGUCGACUUGGUGGGGUCAUGUGGAUCCGGCACCCAAAGACCCUAUUCUCGGUGUCACCGAAGCUUUCUUGGCCGAUCCUUCUCCUAACAAAGUCAAUGUUGGAGUUGGUGCUUAUCGAGAUGAUGAUGGGAAACCAGUUGUUUUGAAUUGUGUACGAGAAGCUGAAGCUAGAAUUGCUGGUAACUUAAACAUGGAGUAUCUUCCUAUGGGUGGAAGUAACCACAUGGUUGAGGAAACAUUGAAGCUUGCUUAUGGUGAAGAUUCUGAAUUCAUAAAAGAUAAACGGAUUGCAGCAGUGCAGGCUCUUUCUGGUACUGGAGCAUGUCGACUUUUUGCUGACUUUCAGAAACGUUAUCAACCUGAAUCUGAAAUUUACAUUCCUGUUCCAACCUGGGCCAACCAUCAUAACAUCUGGAGGGAUGCAAACGUCUCACAGAAAACGUACCAUUAUUAUCACCCAGAAUCAAAGGGAUUAGAUUUUUCAGGAAUGAUGGAUGACAUUAAGAAUGCUCCAAAAGGAUCUUUCUUCUUGCUUCAUGCAUGUGCUCACAAUCCUACUGGGGUUGAUCCUACAGAGGAAGAGUGGAAAGAGAUUUCGCAACUGAUUAAGGAUAAGGGGCAUUUUCCCUUCUUUGACAUGGCCUAUCAGGGGUUUGCUAGUGGUGACCCAGAAAAAGAUGCAAAGGCCAUUAGGAUUUUUCUACAAGAUGGUCAUUUACUUGGAAUUUCUCAAUCCUUCGCAAAAAAUAUGGGUCUUUAUGGUCAGAGAGUAGGCUGUCUUAGUGUGCUUUGUGAAGACGAUAAACAAGCUGUGGCAGUAAAAACUCGAUUGCAACAAAUCGCAAGACCUAUGUACAGCAAUCCCCCUGUUCACGGUGCCCUUCUUGUUUCAAUUAUCCUUAGUGAUCCAGAUCUAAAAAAUAUGUGGCUCAAGGAAGUUAAGGUCAUGGCAGAUCGUAUAAUUGGAAUGAGAACAGCUUUACGCGAAAAUAUUGAAAAGUUGGGGUCACCAUUAUCGUGGGAACACAUCACUAAACAGAUUGGUAUGUUCUGCUAUAGUGGGUUGGCACCUGAGCAGGUUGAUCGAUUGACCAGUCAAUUCCAUAUAUACUUGACCCGGAAUGGCCGUAUCAGUAUGGCUGGUGUUACAACAAAGAAUGUCGAAUAUUUGGCAAAUGCUAUUCAUGAGGUCUCAAAAUCUUAAGGGAGUGUAUUGGCAAUCCAAGCGGCAGAGUUCCAUGUAUAACGUAGAGAAUAUUGUUGUAUUCUUAUAUGCCAAUAAGAUAGAUGUUUAAGCAUCUUAUUUGAAAUUUUUGUUACCCUGAAAAGAGAUCAGGAUAGGGGACCUUUAAUGUUGUAGUGAAUCGUGGGGGUUAACUGAAGAUUCAACUUCAGCUGUUCUGAUGCUAGAAGAGAUGCAUACUAGAUUUGUCUUUGUUUUUUCCCUGCAAUUAUGGGGAAAAUGCCAAAAUAUUGUUAUGUGUUGAGAAGCUGUUAUUCUUGCAGAACUUAUUUCAAUAAGCAGAAGCUGAACUUUUCAAUCCUUUUA